UUCUUCUUCUCUUCUUUCUCAAUACCCUUCUUCCUUCCCUCCUGCCCCCCCAACUUUGCCAAAUGGCUUCUGAAACUUCUUGUGAUGGGCACAUGAAUGAGUACAUGAUAUACCGGCAUGAGAAACUAAGUCUGCUCCAUCUACUACGCCUUCUCAUCUUCAGAAGACAUCUGAUCAGUUGUGAGUUUGUCGAGAGCAGCAGCUCGGUGGCCGGCAGGCUCGAGGGUGUCCCGACUGACUUUAUCACCGUCCUGACGUGUGCUCUUCAGAAGAUAUUAUCGGCGAUCAGAAUGCCAAUGAAGUGGAUUGGGCGCGUGAUUGAGUUUUUGGUGAACUUGUUAUCCCUUAAUGGUGGAGUACGAGGCUUAUUCUGGAAUGUCAUCACAGUUUCUGUUGUGAUCCCCAGGCGUGGAGCAGCUAAUUUCCGGUCGCUUAUUGCACAACUCGAUGGACGAACCGAUCUCCACAAGAGUAGUUCCUGGAUCCAUAAUUUCCCCUUAAUGGAUACGCUAACAGGGCUUGGCGAAACAGAUCCCUUGGAUCUCUCCACGAUGGCUGCAAAAGUAGCCUAUGAGAACUAUGCGUAUAUCAAGAAUACAGUAACCAACCAUUGGAAGAUGCACUUUGUGGGGUUCUACAGUUGCUGGAACAAGUUCCUUGAAGACAAAACGACGCAAGCCUACAUCUUCUGCAACAAGCCAGAGGAAGCCGACCUAAUCGUCUUGGCCUUCCGUGGCACCGAGCCCUUCAACGCCCGCGACUGGUCCACCGACGUCGACCUAUCUUGGCUCUCCAUGGGAAAAUUGGGCAACGUCCAUUUGGGUUUCUUAAAGGCUCUCGGUCUGCAAGACGAGACGGACUACCAAAAAGGCUUCCCAAAGGACUUGAGUUGGAGCGAUGACAAGCCAGUGGCAUACUACGUUCUUAGGGAUGCACUGAGAACCUUGCUGAAGAAGCACAGCAAUGCAAAGAUCGUUGUGACCGGCCAUAGCUUGGGUGGAGCACUUGCUGCUCUUUUCCCUUCUUUGCUAGCUCUGCAUGAGGAGAACGAUAUCCUGGAUGCCAUAUACGCUGUAAUGACAUAUGGGCAGCCCAGAGUUGGAGAUGUUACCUUCAAAAAAUACAUGGAAUCCAUCCUGAGCAAGAGGUACUAUCGGAUGGUGUAUCGGUAUGAUAUCGUCCCUCGAGUUCCAUUUGAUAAGCCACCGACGGCAUUGUUUAAGCAUUGCGGGACUUGCAUCUACUACGACGGAUGGUACGAGAGACAGGCUUUGAUCGACGACUCGCCGAACCCUAACUACAUUGAUCUAAAAUAUGCAAUUCCAGUGUAUCUGAAUGGUUUGGGUGACCUCGUCAAGGCUCUUCUCCUAGGGGAAACCCAAGGUAGAGAAUUCAAAGAAGAGUUUUUCUCGAUCCUCUACAGGGCAUCUUGGCUGAUCUUGCCUGGAGUUGCAUCUCAUAGUCCUAGAGACUACGUCAACGGUGGAAGGCUUGCAAGGAUAACCGGCAAAGACUCUUAAGUAGUGGUUGUUCUUUAAGUUUUAUAUGUAGAAGACCCUAGAGUCCGUUAGAAGUUUAAGAACUUUUCUGAAGAAUUAAGAAGUGGAUUUGGAAUGGCUA